AAGGAGAGUCCCUGAAGGAGAGUCGGCCGUGGCCAGUCUUACCAGUGUUAGACUCCUCGCUCUCCAAGCAGCUCAAGACCAUGGCAGGCCUCCGUUCCAUGUUUCUACCACUUGGGCUAUUCCUGUGCCUCGGACUACACUUUUCUUCUGCCAACUUUACAAGUUACAGCACUAACUGCACGGUCUUUGAUAAGGUCUUCACCACCCAAAACCCAGGAAUUCAGAUCAAGACAGAAGUUUUUCAGGGCAACACGAUCUACACAAUUUGGGUUCCUACGAAUGGCAAUGUCAGUAUGGUGGUCCUAGAAGUCGUAGACAAGCACGACAAUGUCGUGGGCCUCUGUCAAGGAGAUGAGGACUGUAACGGCAGCGCCCUGUAUCACCUGACUUCCUCUAACGACACGUUCCUCAAGACAAAUUGUGUUCUGAACUCCAAGGACACUGCGCACAGGCUGAAAGUCUUCCUUGUCUACUUCAACAACUCGGCUGUGUUUUUUUCUCAGAAUCUGGGAAGGCAAGUGAUAACUACAACCUCAGCCACCAGGACGUCCACCAACGCUCUGAACACAACUAUGACCAUCAACACAACCAUGAGCACAGCCCAAACCAAGACCAUGGCCCAAACCGAGACCACGGCCCAAACCGAGACCACGGCCCAAACUGAGAACACGGCCCAAACCAAGAACUCGACCCAAAACUUGGCUGUGAGAGCGUUCAGCAGCCCCAUCGCGAGUGCCAUUCACAUCCUGCUCGUUUUUCUUACCAGCAAGCUCCUCUUCUAAAGGAAAGCAGGAGAGCAGUUGCUCAGCUUCCGGUGCAGCCUCCCAUACUGAGGCUCUAGGCCUGGGCUUCAGUGUAGGUGGACCAAGGCCUCACAUUCUCAAGCUGCGCAACUUCACUGUCACUACUGCAGGCCAAGGACUGGGGCACUUGCUGGUGGGCACGGGUCACACCAAUGUUUAACUGGAUCUUUCAGGACACAAAUUAUGCUUUCUGUAAAUACACAGACCUAGCCUGAUGGUAGCCUGGAAUUCUGCCUCUGAGUUUAACAUGGUGACAGUCAACCCGAACUUUUUUUAAUAGCCAAAGGGUUCCUCCGUGCCUCCUCAUUUUCUGGAGGAAGACUCUUUCCCUACGUUCAAGAUGAUCUGAUCUCAGCUUUCUGACCAAAAGCCACCCAGGUGACACAGAAUUCCUGGGACUGUGACUCAGGGGGAGGGAGAAAUGGCUCUGAAGCUACGGCGGCCUCCCAUCUUAUCCCUAAGAGUAGAUGCCAAAGGGCAAGAGGAUAGGAUGGUGCCAUGUCUGAGCGGGCAAUGACAGGAAAAAUUAUGUGCUUUGUCCUAAGUCACACCAAAUAAAUGAUACUUGAGACUUGAAGAAUGA